AUGGGAAAUGGCAGCGGUCAGGUGAGUGAUGACGCACUAAAACGCGCGUGCUACGUUCUACGGUUCCUGCUAGCCGGACACUCCGGACUGAGGUACCUGUACUACAAGCUCUACGGUCGGGUGGCGGUUAUCGGCUGGAGGGAGAAGGUCACGGCCAUUCCGGAGUACAGCUUCCUGCCGGACGAAUGGAACGAUAGGUCACGUGGUCUGGGCGCGACAGAAACGGUGCCGUUGUCGUCUGGAGCUGAGGAAAAUUUGCUGUGCUACGUAUUUCACCGAGACCGGUACGAGCACGAGGACAUUUUCCUGCACGAGCUGACGCAUGGCCUUCACCUUCUCGGGGCCAAGUACGCCAUCCCCGGCUUUCAACGAGACCUUGACCGCUUCUUUAAGGCGGCCAAUAGGUCUGGACGCUGGUCAAACACAUACAGCCUUCAGUCGUCCCAGGAGUACCUGGCGGAAGGCGCUCAGAUCUUUUAUCACGUCAACGCCCACAGCGAUCCACCGGAUGGAAUUCACGGUCCCAUUGACACGCCCGAGAAAUUUCGAGACUACGAUCCGGAUCUCUAUCGGCUGAUUGCGCUCAUGUACCCGUGCAACAACACCUACAUAGACAGAUGCAGAUCCAGCCCCGAGCUGGAGAGGGAGCAAGUCCUACAGAUGGACUGUGAUUUAACGCGGGAAUAUCAGUUCAAACUUCCCAAGUUUACACCAGAGCCUUGCGAAGACAGAAAUGGCCAUUGUCCAGAUUGGGCAGUGAGAGGCGAGUGUCAGGUGAAUCCUAGCUACAUGCAGAAAGAAUGCCGAGUCAGCUGUCAUUUGUGUGAUAAACCAUUGGAAGCGGAUCCUACGCCAUCGCCCGCUACAACUGGGGCUUGUAUUGACAGCAACACACACUGCUCAAGUUGGGCCGACACUGGAGAAUGUGACAGAAACCUGGCAUAUAUGAAGGAUAAGUGUAGAUUCAGCUGUGGGAUUUGUUAGGAAUGUGUAUGCUUGUGUGAGGGAAUGUGAGAGAAGCAUGUCCUUUUAAUGUAUGA